UUGGAAUGAAAAUAGGCCAAGAGAGUCGUUGAGAUCUCUGCGGGCCAACUCUCAGGAUUGGUUUAUUCCGCACAUCCCGUGGUCCGUCGAUUUAUUUGUUUGGGGACAGCUCUCUCGCAUGACUUAUGACAGUACCUAGUAGUGAAGUUGAAGUGGACAGAGACAUUUCUCGAGGAUCUGCGACUAUGAAAAGUUUCUGGAACGUUGGCAGAUCCCGGUAAACUCAAAGAUGUCGAAUGAGUCAUCCGGAUCUGCCUUUGAUAUUGUCAAGGCGACACAAUAUGGAAUAUUUGAUCGAGUUAAAGAAAUCGUCGAAGGCGAAGGCUAUGGCGUCAACGAAAGAGAUCCGGAAAACGUCACCCUACUGCAUUGGGCCGCCAUCAACAAUCGUCUCGAGAUCGUCAACUACCUUACGUCCAAGGGCGCAAUCGUGGAUGCGGUCGGCGGUGAGCUCCAGUCCACACCGCUCCAUUGGGCCACCCGCCAGGGUCAUCUGUCCAUGGUGGUACUCUUGAUGAAAUAUGGCGCGAACCCGUCCAUCCGUGAUGGCGAAGGCUGCGCCUGCAUACACCUCGCAGCUCAAUUUGGACAUACGCCCCUCGUAGCCUAUCUGAUCGCGAAAGGCGAGAACGUGAACUUGGAAGACGUCAAUGGCAUGACCGCCUUGAUGUGGACCACGUACAGGGUUCAGACGUCGGCUGACCCCACCAGGUUGCUGCUAACUUUGGGGGCCAGCCAUUCGAUGAGCGACCGAGUCCACAAGAACACCCCUCUGCAUUGGGCGGUAUAUGCGAAAAAUCUCACGGCCCUCAUGCAGCUGCUGAAAGCCGGAGCUGACGUGAGCGCUGUGAACGCGCAGGGCAUGACACCAAAGGACAUGGCGAGCCGGAGCAACCAGACGUUCCUUUUGAAUAAGCUGCUCCACGCCGAACAACCGAAAACAAUCUGCAAAAUUCCUCGCAACAAGCUCUUGAACCAGUGGCUUGUGAUGUGCGUUCCAUUCUUCGGGUUCCUGGCCGUCGGCAGUAUUCUCCAAAGUGAGCUUGUACCCAUACUCAAGGUGCUCUUCCUUGCGUUGACCAUCAUCGGUGCCGGAACCCUGACCAAGUACUUGAGCAUGGACUACGUACCCGUGUGCACGUAUCUGGCGACAAAGUUUUGGUUGUACGUCACAUGGUUCGUCGAGCUCUCGCAAUACGUGCAGCUCGAGAUGCAGAUGUUGUUUUUGAUCUUUUCGAUUGGACUCUUCUACAACUUCUGGCGGUCGUGGAGGGCGGACCCGGGAAUCAUUCCCAAGGAUCGCGAUAACCAAUAUCGAACCAUAAUCGAGCUCGCCGAACGCGACGGUUUCGAUACGGCCGUUUUCUGCAGUUCGUGUUUGGUGCGGAAGCCUCUUCGGUCGAAGCAUUGUUCGAUCUGCGAUUGUUGCGUGGCUCGCUUCGAUCAUCAUUGUCCGUGGGUGGCUAAUUGCAUCGGCGCCAAAAAUCACAAAAACUUCAUGCUGUAUCUUUUGUUUCUAUGCAUUAUGCUGGGGUUCAUGUGGCACGCGAUAUACGCAUAUUUUGAGGUGAAAAGCGAGCAGACCCCUCUAUUCACCGUGAUAAUGUCGAGCGGUUGGGUUUCAUGGGUCACGGCGAACGUCCUACUGCACACAGUUUGGGUCAUCUGCCUGUUCUUCUGUCAGAUGUAUCAGAUAGUAUUGCUCGGUAUGACAACCAAUGAGAGAAUGAACUGCGGUCGAUACAAGCACUUCAGUCGCGACCAGAGCGGCAACGUGGUUUCGCCAUUUGCCAAAAAAGGUGCUUGGAACAAUUUCGUCGAUUUCUUCGAGCUCGGUCGACGGACGACCGAUUGGACCCGGAUCCAUGCUCUCGACGACGCCGAGUGCCCUCUCAUGAAUCACGAGGAAGUGUGAGAACAGCAGAGGUCUGGUUCUGAAGCUCGGUCGCGGCCCAGGAGUUCCCUCGGUUUGCUCUCGAUUCGAAUGGCUCAAUGUGGAGUCCCCAGCCGCCUCCCUAAGGAACCAGGCCCCGUGGAUCUCUAGCCUAUAGACGCGGCGAAACGACUGAAUGUACACUAUCUGUAGAUGAUUUGUGCUAUUCCGAAUAGAACGAAGUCGCGGAUGGCCU